AUGUUGUUAGAAUAUUUAGGUACCAUCAACUCUAAAAAAAUUAUUCUUGCUAGUCAAUCACCAAGAAGAAAGAUCAUUUUAGAACAAAUGGGAUUAAAAUUUGAAAUCCAUGCAAGCAAAUUUGAAGAAAAUUUAGAUAAAAAAUUAUUUAAAGGACCUGUUGAUUAUGUCAAAGCAAAUGCAGAAGGAAAAACAAUGGAUGUUGCUUCUAGAUAUCCAGAUGCUGAUUUGAUUAUUGGGUGUGACACUGUUGUAUUAUUUAAUAAUGAAAUUCUUGAGAAACCAAAAAAUGCAGAAGAUGCAUCGAGAAUUCUUCAUAAAUUAAGUGGAAAUACUCAUGAAGUUAUUUCUGUUGUUUGUCUUGUUUAUCCAAAAAUUCAAAUUGAUGGAAAACCAUUGACUCAAAUUUUUGACGAACAUACUAAAGUACAAUUUUGUCACAUGACCGAUGCUUUUAUUAAUAAAUAUAUAGAAUGUGGCUAUUGUUAUGACAAAGCUGGUGCUUAUGGUAUUCAAGAUAAUGCCGGACCCACUUUUAUUUCAAGAAUUGAUGGAUGUUAUUGGAAUGUCGUAGGAUUCCCUUCAUUUAGAUUCUGUGAACAUCUUAUUGAAAUUGUCAAAAAAUAUUGGAAUUAA